CUCUUCACAUGUUUCAUGUCUCUUCCAAAACAUCUCUCUCCCUAUCUUGAAUCUGUACAGAUAGAUAGAUAGAUACAGUGUGUCAGAAGUCAGAACUAAAUUUUCCUUUUUAUCCCCUCCCAAUCAUCAGUUUUGUGUCAGUCUGUCAGAGGCUAAUCCCUCAUUCCUUGUUUUCUCCCUGUCCUCGCAGUUCGAUAUAUGAUCCAUUCCGCAACAACACAGGGCAUGAAAUAGUGUUCACAAACCCUACAAACCCUAAUGGGAUCACUAUCUGAUUUGAACAAUGUCAGCAGCCACCUAAAAUCCCGGUUUGCUCGAGGGUUCCUCCGAGCCUUGGCUCGGAUACAUAACCUGAGUCCUCCUCCCGCUUCUUCUUCAUCGAACCAAGACUUUGCCCUUCGGAAGUGCCAAAGGGUCAAGCUGGCUGCCUAUGCAUCCAUGGCUUCAGCCUUCGGGAAAAGGAGAGUGUGGAGCCGAGCGAUGCUCCAGAGGAUCCGAUGCCAUAGUUCAUCGGUAAGACGAGGUAAAGUCCGUCAACAUAUGAGAACAAUGAGACGGUCCGGGAAGAAGAGGAAGAAGAUAGGCCGAGAAUUAGCAGCAAAGGCUCAGGAUGUUAAGAAGCUCCGGAAGCUCGUUCCAGGCGGUGAGUCAAUGGACCUUGAGGGUCUGUUGCGAGAGACAGCUCAUUACGUCAAGUGUCUGGUUACCCAGGUACAAGUGAUGCGAAGUAUCGCCGAUUUCUGUUCUUGUCCGCCUUGA